UUUGACCCUCCACAGUAAAAACAUGUGGGGUUUCUCCUUCCAGAGGAGAUUCCUCCACUCUUCUUUAUGUUUAAUGAAGAAGUUAAAGAAGAAUAAAACUGCCGCCGAGCAGCGCUGGUUGCAGCGGCAGCUCAAAGACCCGUAUGUCAAAGCUUCUCACAAACAAAACUUCCGGUGCAGAAGUGCCUUCAAGCUGCUGGAGAUAGAUGACAAGUUCAGACUGUUACAGCCUGGAUGUAGUGUGGUGGACUGCGGAGCUGCCCCUGGAGCCUGGAGCCAGGUGGCCGUGCAUAGGGUCAACUCAGCCGGGACAGAUCCAGCGGCACCACCUGGUACAGUAGUUGGCAUUGAUCUGCUGCACAUACCACCUUUGGAUGGCGCCCACUUCCUGUCCUGUCAUGAUGUCACCGUCUCCCCCACCCACGCUAAGCUGCUGGAGCUGCUCCCAGGCGGUCAGGCUCAUGUCAUCCUGAGCGACAUGGCGCCCAACGCCAGCGGUUUCCGGGAGAUGGACCAUGUGAAACUCAUCACAAUGUGUUUUUCUUUACUAGACCUGGCAGAGAAGAUUUUACUGCCGGAGGGCUCUCUGCUUUGUAAAUACUGGGACGGCAUCCUCGCUCAUGAACUCCAGGAGAAACUCUCGAGAGUAUUUAACAGUGUUCAGACUUUAAAGCCGAACGCCAGCAGGAAGGAUUCAGCUGAGAGAUAUUUCCUCGCUAGAAUUUACAAAAAGCCAGAACAAUUAUCCUAGUUGUCUUGUAGUCUUCUGUGUGUCUUAAAAUGAUGUUUUCUGGAGAUUCACAGCCUGUGUUUUUUUGACGAGUGAACAUGAAGAAUAUACUUUGAUCAUAAGAUGGCACUGUUGAGGCAUCAGUGAGACUCACAGCUGCAGGCACAGACACAAUACUGCUGCUACUGAUCUUUAUCCAUGCAAACUUGUAGCAGAAGGGAAUCAGUAAUAUGGAAACCUAUGCAAGAAACAUCAAUGUGAUAUUCCUCCAGAGCCCAAUGCUGUGUUUUUCUCUGAAGUUAUUGUUUGCCCCACAGUGUUUGUUCUACACAGUCGGUUUGGCAUUUGCUUUGUUACAGAAAUCCAUUUACCAGUGCUGCUUAUGCUAAUAAUCUGCACUGUCAGUCAUGUAGAAACAUGUAAUCAUUCUCUCAUUGAGAGCUUAUGAUGGGACAACCUAAUACAGAGUCACAUACAGCAUGACUAAUGGGAAGUGGGAUGAGACUGAAGCUUGGCAUGCCGAGUGUUGUCGAGCUCUGCUGUCUGACAGUGCAGAGAUGUACGUUUCCUGUGAAAGUUAUUACAGCCCAGUUGACAAAUGUUCUUUUAAGAAUCUUCUGUAAAUCACUGUGUUGGACACUUUUGAAAGUACCAUUUAUUUUUUUUGUGUGUCUUCGCUGUUGUACACCGCUUUGAUUCUGGUCUGACAAGAGUUCAGAACAACUGGCACUGAAAUGAUGUUUCUAUCAUAGCUGCAGUUUAAAAGACAACUCCUAUUUAAUGUAUUUGUAUUCACAGUACCUUGGAAAUAAAAAAAUGUCUACAAUUUCAUGAACACAA